AUGACGGGGUUGUGGAUAACCGAAGCUAUACCAAUUUAUGUAACUUCUUUGAUCCCAAUGGUUCUUGGACCGUUGUUACAACUUUCUUAUCCAUCCAAAAUCUCUCCAGCUUACUCAAAGGAUACGAAUAUGCUAACAUUAGGGGGUUUGUUAAUGGCAUGUGCAAUGGAAAAUAACAAUGUACAUAGACGAAUCGCUAUAUCUAUUCUCAGACUUGUUGGGAGUGAUCCAAAAAUCAAUGUACUUGCAGAAGAAACGCAAAACACUAUCCAAGAAAGUGCAAACAAUUCACAUUUACAACUCAGGGAUGCUGAACAAGGUACUGUUAUUACAACAAGACACCCUGUGAGUAGCAAACGACUGAAAGAAGUGUUCAGAAUGAAUGCUGGGCUUAGUCUUUGUAUCGCUUAUGCAUCUUCAGUUGGUGGUAUAGCGACAACAAUAGGCACGCCAACAAACACCUUUCUUUAUGGAUCAGUUAUACAGUACGUUUAUUUUUAUAAUAGUUUAUCAUAA